AUGCCAUCUCCAUCCACGAUCCCGCCUUCGGAGCGCAUUCGCGAAUUGACCAACAUCAACGCUGAUGUCGCCGGUCUCCUUACCUCUGCCAGCCAUGCCGUCGGCGCACUCACCACCUCGACAGCUUCUGAGAGCAUGCCAGAUACCGCUGAAGGCCAACGGGAAGCCUUUGUGGCUGCAGCGCAGGAGUUCCUCCACGGUCUCCAGGGCGUCGCUGCACGACUCCGACGUCAGGCAGUGGCGCUGGAGGAAGCGGGAAUUAUUACACCAGACGCGCUGAGAGAAGAGGGCGUGAGCGUGCGAAAUGGUGGGCUUGGUGGAUUCGAUGUGGGCUGGUUAAAUAGCCGAGGCGACAAGGUCGGGCGGGACAAGGAGGGCGAGUUGGUGGCCGAGGCGAGGGAUUUGCUGAAGGAAGUGUUGGAGAAGAAGGAGGGUGGAGGGUGA